AAUAAACAAGCAACGGAUCUUUUUUGAACUAAAAUGAUUAUAGCGGCCGCAUAUAAACCAGUCGAAGUGAUAGCCAGAUGCAAAAUAAACUAACCUUCAAAAAAUUCAAUGAAGGCACGGAAACAGAAAAAAAAUACUUAAAAAUUUUUAAGAAACCGAGAACUAACAGAAUAGUUAGAAAACAAUUAAGCUCGUGAACCAACUCAGUUCGAUUCACAAUUACAUGAACCUGGCAUAUCAUCAAAAAGCAGAACACGAUUCCAGAACACCUCUCUUUAGCCGCUUUAAUCAGCUUGGCUUGGACAUUGUCAUUAACUAAAAAGCGGCCAUCCGAGAUGCCAUUUAAAAAUAUAAAACCACUUCUGAGAUUAAAUUCUGCUUUUCCACCAUGGCGUCACAUAACAGAAGAUGAGAUGCCUAGGCAAAGGCCAACUCUCCCCAACUUCUAAGCCGUGAUUGAAAAAAGUGUUCCAGUAGAAUAUAUUGUGUUUGGUUUCGUAGAGCUGCGAAACAAUAUUUCAGACCCAUUUCAGCAAGAAGGCAAUUAUUUCGAGGACACCAGUUUUCGUCUAAAAGGAAUCCAAAUGGCCAAAGAGAAAGCGUUUGUUUAGGUUGUAGAUGGUUAAGCCCGGAAAAACAAUGACUUUAAUUGGAAUGAUAAUUUUGAACACAGAGGCGAAGCUGCAGUUUGCAAACAAGCGCGAAAAUGGAAGAAAAAAUAGCUCUGAAAUGGUCAAAAAGACGAAACAAAGGGAACAAAAGGCAAAAAUAAAAAAAUUCUGCAACUAGCCGGAAUAGAAUCCCCAACCUCAAGAUUCACGGUCACACUGCCUAGCAUUUGCGCUAUUGUCGCUUGACAAUCGUUAAGCACUACCCAACAAGAAACAAGAUACAUGAACCAGACUACAUGUUAUGAAGCAAAAGUAAACACAUAUAAGGCUUUUGCAGAAAAAAAGGCUACCAAAUAAAUGAACAUAGGGGUGUUUAUUGCGACUUGGGUAGUAACAAGAAUUACGAUAAAACAUGUAAUAUGAUACAUAGCUCACUAGACCAGUAGUGGAAACAUCAGUCAUUGCCAAACUUAGUGAACCGCUUCGACGACGUAGAAAAACUGCACAAAUUAACUUCAAAUGAUUUAUCGCUGAUGACGAAGUUGGAGGUUGAGAAAUUAGACGACAAUCAAUUUAGACGGAGGCACUUAAAAAGAAAAUAGACGUUUCUACAAAACUGCAAUUGUGAGAAAAAGACGAAAAUGAGAGAGAGUGAAAGAGAUUAAAAUUGUUGGCAGACAAAUUGCGUGAGAAAAAAUAAUUGCUUGCAGACAACAACUAAAUUUCGGUGGCCAAAAAUGCAAAAUUUCAGAAUAGUUCCAUCGAAAUAUGGAGGUGGAUAAAAUCUUAUUACCGAUGAAGGUAAUAGAUUUUCAAAAGAUGGUGGCAACCAAAUUAGGUUAUCAUUAUCGCUGCAUUCUCUCCAAUUGCUUCGUUAGAUUAAUAACAUAUUUAGAUAUUACAAAAAUCAUUCGAAAACAGGCAACCACAGUCACGAACCCCACCUUAUGUACAAAUUCAGAAAUCGAAAAACCACCGGAGUAUCACAAACUUAGCAGCGGGCUACUAAAAAAAUCAAAGAGAAUUUCAUAGAUGGUAUGUGGAGUAAAACGAGCGACAAUCAAGACUUUGAGUUCUAUCAAGAAAUUGGAUUGGCGAUUUUUUUGGUUGACACUUGCAUGUCUGUAUCGCGGAGUCACAGGAAUCGCAUCAAUGCCAUUGUAUGCACGCCAUUCGUCGAUGUGAAUGAUCGAUCCCGGUCUUAUAUAUUGUUCAAUUUUUGAAUGUAGUCUCUCUUUCAAGGUGGUCAGUUUUCUAUAAAAUACGACUUAAAUAAUUUAGUAUAUUUUUUUUCGUAUUAAUCAUGACAAUACUAUUACCUCCAGUUUGUACAUGGCUCUUUUCAAAUGGUUUCUCAUGAAUGUUUCCAAUUUUUUGAAGACACUAAUUUUUUUUGUUUUUAAAAGUGCUCUAUACUUUUCAGCUAUUAAUAAGGCGGUCGUGUCUAAAUGUUUAUGUUGAGGAUCCUUGUCAGCUUUGUGGUUUGUUUCAGUUGAAAAUAUGUUUCUGAAAGCAGAUUUUUCCUACCUUCAUGCUCAGCACAUGACUGAAAACAGGUUUAGAGAGGUGACGUACUCUCAGCUCAUCGAUCCCGACAACGUUUUUGGUAGUUUGUAUAGGAUGCGAGCUACUUACCUCUAUACAAGUGUAGCAAAGAAAACGUUUGUUAAAACCUGGCAAGCGAGGAGAGGCUCAGCAGCAGCCAGACUUCCUGAGGCAGUGAAGUUCGAUCGCUUCCAUGCAUUUGGAGUUCCCGCAACGCCUCAUAUCGCCCUGGUUUUUACAAAAACGGAGCACCUUUCAUCUGAUUUUCUGCGAUACAGCUGCCAUUUCUGUCCUGGAGAUGAAGUUUGGUUAGUUCUGCCGAAAAUGGACGGUAAUAUUCAUCAAAAUCCGAUUGUUAGAAUGGAAGAGCCUUUGGUUCCUGUCGCGGAUUCAUUGAUAUUCGCCACUGACGUAAGUCCGCCCCGCAAUGUUGAGCAUGGCUCAUACGUGUAUUUUGACUUCAAAGCGAAAGAUAUUGAAGUCCUGCAAGCGUCACCAGUCGACAACACAUGUUCGGGCGUUUUGUGCGACGGUCAGUUCGAAAGCGCGACUUGUGGGUGCACAAAGGCGCCCUCCAAACGUCACUGGACAUUGAAAAUUACCUUUUCCUGUCCUCCAAUGGAUCAAGUGGCUAAUGACGAGCUAUCAAUUGCAUCUAACAGGUUGACUCGGCUCUUAAUUGACGAAGAAGUCCGAUGCUGGCCGGCCUCAUACCCCAGAGUUGAUCCAUUUGACAUCUAUGGUGAUGUGUCCCUCCUUGUCAGACAAAUAAAUAGGAAAGCUGGAUUCCGCAUAAAGGGAUGGUUUAAGCCAUCCGUAUCCAAGAACGAUGCCACGGCGGAAUCAUAUGCUUUCCACGUGUGCUAUUUGAUGCCCUGCGCAUCGCUAACCGAUACGCAAAACUUACUUUUGGUGUAUGUAAUUUUAAAACUCGCUUAAAUAUGUAAUAGAAUUUUCUCACCUCUUAUGGCCAUGAAAACGAAGUGUCAAUAGUUUGGUAUUUGUGAAACAGCUUUUGGUUCAUUUAUUUCACAGCUCCUAUUGUUGUUGAUGGAGGAGAUGUGUCCACCAUGAACACCUCAAGGGUUGAGAGUCAUGUCGGAGCACAGGGCAG